ACAUUCCACCCGCACCAGAGUGAGUGUGGAGGGACAUGAUAUCAUAUCGACUGUCAGUGCUGCUCUUCUCCGCACACAACAUGGGCUCCACCGCCCAAAUCACCAAGAGAAGAGCCCCGGAAUCACUGCAAUGCUCCGGACUCGCUCCUGUGUCGCGGAUCGCGUGUAUUGUUGAGUUUUAUGAGGUGUAAAAUGUGAGAAAUUGCUGGUGUGGUGGACUCGGGACAAGAUGGCAGCAGUAUGAGAGCACACACACAUACAUGCUGUGACUUAAGUACAAGUGUGUAAAAUGAUCGGAGAACACCUGGAUUAAAUCUACUGUUACUCCGUGUGAAAGGUAUGGCCUCACAAGUCUUGGUCUAUCCACCACAAGAUUUUCAAACUCAGACAAGUGCCUUUUGUAUUGUGAAGAAACUCAAAGUUGAACCCAGGAACUGUGUUUACCAUGAGAGGGCCUACCCACAGACUUAUUUAAAUGGUAGAAGCCUUGGCAUUGUGUACCCGACAAAACUUACUCCUUUGUUCAAGACCCGAGAUUCUGCGGUUGACAGACACCGCGGGCAGAAUAUUCCAGUGCAGACAGCUGCUGUACGAGGUGUACGACGACAGCAUACCAACGCAACGGCACCGCAGCAAAAAGGGGGCGUAUCCUUUAAGGGCAAGAAGCAGGAGCAACAGGACAAAGGAAGGUGUAGCAGCAGUGGAGCUUCAGGUGCAGCUGGAGGGGGUAGGGGAAAGGGAAGCGACAGUCAAGGAGGAGGAGGUGGAGGGAAGGGUGGUGGUGGUGACGAAGGUGGUGGGGGAGAAGACGAGGGUGACCGGGAAGGCUGUGGAAAUUUGGACUUGCAAGACAGCUCCCACAGAUGCGGUUUGAAACGUAAGAGCGAGGAGCUUGAGAACUUGGGGAGCACCAUGCAGAUAGUGGAGGACCUGCCAAUGUUACCUGCAAUGUUGCAAUCAAACGUGGGAAACCCACCGGGUGUGGUGCCGGCUGCAGUCGGUGGAGGGCCUGCAAAGCAAGGUGGAAGUUCUGGAAGUGGGGAUGGUGACUACCAGUUGGUACAACAUGAGUUGCUCUGCUCUUUGAAGAACACCUACGAGAUAUUGGACUUCCUCGGUCGUGGUACUUUCGGCCAGGUUGUGAAAUGCUGGAAGCGAGGUACCAAUGAGAUUGUGGCUGUCAAGAUCCUGAAGAAUCACCCAUCGUAUGCACGACAGGGCCAGAUCGAGGUGGGUAUCCUGGCCCGCCUCAGCAACGAGAACGCCGACGAGCAUAAUCUGGUGCGAGCCUUUGAGUGUUUCCAGCACCGAAGCCACACCUGCCUCGUGUUUGAGAUGCUGGAGCAGAACCUGUACGACUUCCUCAAGCAGAACAAAUUCAGCCCACUACCUCUGAAGGUAAUCCGCCCCAUUCUUCAGCAGGUGGCCACGGCGCUUAAGAAGUUGAAGGCCAUGGGACUGAUCCAUGCUGACCUAAAGCCUGAGAAUAUCAUGCUUGUGGACCCUGUGCGGCAACCCUUCCGGGUGAAAGUCAUAGAUUUCGGCUCAGCCAGUCACGUCUCCAAAGCUGUCUGCUCAACGUACCUCCAGUCACGGUACUACAGGGCUCCAGAGAUCAUUCUUGGUCUGCCGUUUUGUGAAGCCAUAGACAUGUGGUCUCUGGGAUGUGUGAUUGCUGAGCUUUUUCUGGGCUGGCCUCUAUACCCAGGAGCCCUCGAGUAUGACCAGAUUCGCUACAUCUCUCAGACGCAGGGUUUGCCAGGAGAGCAGCUAUUAAAUGUGGGGACGAAGACGUCUCGCUUCUUCUGUCGCGAGUCUGACUCGCCAUAUGCAGCCUGGAGACUCAAAUCCACAGAAGAGCAUGAGACAGAGACUAGGCUCAAAUCAAAAGAAGCCAGGAAGUACAUCUUCAGCUGUCUGGAGGACAUAGCGCAUGUAAAUCUUGUUAUGAAUCUGGAAGGCUGUGAUUUGUUGGCAGAGAAGGUGGACCGUGCAGAGUUUGUGUCUUUGCUGAAGAAAAUGUUGUUCAUUGACGCAAAGGAAAGAAUCGCCCCAAGUGACGCCCUCAUGCAUCCCUUUGUCACCUUGCAGCACCUGCUGGACUUCCCCCACAGCAACCAUGUUAAAUCGUGUUUUCACAUCAUGGACGUGUGCUGCUCGCGCCCAGGUGCAUAUGACAGCCGGACCAAGCCUCCAUUUGUCAGGACGGUCCCGAACAGCAACGUAGCACCCAGCCUGACCCUGCCCUUCUGCAAAAUGACCAGCAUUCACUCUCAGGCUUUAGCCUCAUCUGCCCCAUCAGUGAUGCAUCACAGAAUACCGCUUCAGACAGGAAGUGCUCAGUUUGGAGACACUUUCCAGCAGGCGCUGAUUCUCUGCCCUAACACCAUACAAUGUAUUCCUCACAACCCGAAUAAGCCAGCGGGCUUCUCGGUGCGCAUGGAAAACACUGUACCACUGGUGACACAAGCCUCUGCCAUUCAACCUCUCCAGAUCAGACCAGGCCUCAUUACACAGCAGGCGUGGACAAAUCGUGCUCAGCAGAUCCUGGUGCCCGCCUGGCCACAGGUGACCCCGGUGGCCCCCUCAGCAGCAACACUGGCCUCAGAUGCAGUGGCAGGUCCACAAAACUGGGGGAAAGUUCAUUCCCAUGGCAACCAUUACAGCUCCAUGAUGCCCCACCCCCAGCCGCUGCUAACCAACCCGAUGACCCUGUCCGCUCACCAGCCAAUAAGCAUAGGCAUAGCUCAUGUGGUGUGGCCACAGCCAGCAGCUAACAAGAGAAAUAAACCAUCUUCAAACAGAAGUAACAACUUCAUGCACAGCACCAACUCCCAAAAUUCAGCAUGCCAGUCCCCAAAGAUGGUACACAGUGCCAAAAACACACAGGAGGAAGAGGUGGUGGAGUGUGUGGUGGAGGCGGAGUCAGAGGUGGGGCUAGAGGAGGAGUCUGUGUGCUGUGAGGCAGAAGCAGAGUGUCAGAACCAGAGGCAGAGCAUUGUGAUCGCUGACUCUCCGAGCCCUGCGGCCAGCGUCAUCAGCAUCAGCAGUGGAACAGACGAGGAGGGUCCAGACGCACAGAAACACUCAAUAGAAUGUAAGGGCAGUCCAGAGUGUGAGGCAUGUCACAGCACACUGAAUAUGGAGCGAGUGUGUUCACUGAGCAGUCCAGACUCCAUCCUCAGCACCAGCUCAUCUGCAUCAGAGCACUCCAGAACUUCACCCUGCAAGAGACCCAACAGUAUGUCAGAUGACGAGCGCGAGAGCGGCUGUGAUCCUGUGGACGGCUCGCCCACCUCUGUUUCCUCCAGCCGAGCGGACAGCCCCUUCCUGGAAAGCACAUUUAUUAAUGACAACAACCAGAACUGUAAAGCCACGGGAGCCACAGAGACGAAGUCUGUCAAGCCGCCCGUCCGCACCAUGAUGGUGCCGCCCAUGAGAGUUCACAACAAUGAGCCCACUGGCCGUACAGAUCACAUGACUGGGGAAUGUGUGUCUUUAAUGGGUAACAGACACGGUCACAGAGCAGUCAUGUCCACCCAAAGUCCGCAGUGGUUCCAACAGACAGCUGCCGUACUCCACGUUAUUGGUGAAUCGGCAGCAGAAGACCACGCCUGCUUUCCCGCCCCUGCAGCCCCCUCAACAGCAGCUUACUUUUGGACAGGUCCAGCAUUAUGGCUCCUCCCACCUGGAGUGGAAUGGCAACUACAGCCAUUGCCGGCCUCAGGCAUUCAUCCCACCCACCGUUCAUGGCCACACCUUCACUCUGCCUCAUGGCAGCCCCACCCACACUACGGUCCACCCUCCUCAGUCGCACCUGGGUGUCCACCCACAUACCCAGCCCACUUUACUCUCCUACCCCACCUCAGGACCCUUGGUGACAAAUGCGCCCAUGGCCCACCUCUUGGCUUCACCCGGGGCUACGCGGAAUCACAUCUUUCAAACUCCCUAUGGCUUCUCCCAUCCGGCGGGUCACCUCGUGCACCAGGUCACGGUGGGGCUCAACCCCCGCCUCUUGCCCUCGCCCACCCUCCACUCUCAGGGUCAAUUCAAGCCCUUCUUCCCCCCACACUCCUUCAUCGCGUCACCCGCAUACGCAGGUUUCCCCCUCAGUCCCACUAAACUUAACCAGUACCCGUACGUCUGAGACUGGCUCCGCCAACCUCUUCAGGCCAGAAGGGCAGUCAACUCCACCUCAGUCUCGGGCGUAGCAAGAAACCACAAACCACCUGGUUCUUGCUCCCAAAGCCAUGGCGCAAGAGAGAAAUCUAGCAAUUUUUCAGAAUCACAAAGUAGACUUGAGUGCAAUUACAAUGAGCUUUAAAAAAGGAGAUGUUUGGAAAGUCUUGAGCAAGUAGGUUGAAGAAAGUCAAAGGUUGGAGAAUGUACAGGAACGGGAGAUGCACAUUUGAUACAUCACUAUUGGAGUUUCAAAUGAAUGCUUCUCUAAAGAACAGCGGAUGGUGUUCAAAAUCAUGUGAUGGUCAACUUAUUUUUAUACAUUGCCUUUUACCUUGUAUACGACGCAUCUUUGUUUGUAAAAGACCCAGUAUCUUGUUCAAGACUGACAAGUUGUUCCAAGUAUUUGUAUUUUUCUCAAUGUCUUUGAUGUUUUUCGGAACUGAGUCACCGACGGGUUGUUUGUCACGCGCUGCAUGUGUUGCAUGAGCUGCAAUGUCACUCUGACAGAAGCCUAGAGGUGCUCUUAACACGUCAAGAGGCUCGAUGCAUUGUUGUCUCCAGCCAUAGUGCCUUAUAUAUUGGCAGUCCAGUUCGUGUUACUAUUACACUACUCUCUCUGUAUGUAUAUAAAAUGUGUUUGUGUAUGUACGUGUACCGGACUGCAGCACUUGCAAUUCGUCUGUGUGUACAUGUAUUAUACACACAGGUGUAUUAUUUCAUGCAUAGAAAGGCAUCGAUGUACUGCAUUGCACAAACCGCAGUGCUUAUUUUUGGAUCCAAUGUAUAUUUGAGAUGUAGUAAUUUAGUUACUUUUUGUUACGUCACCGGAGGACGGCAUGCUUUUGCUGCAGCAAAUGCUUGCUGGUUUUAUUGUUGUCGAUGUGACUUUUUUUCGUUACCUUGAAUUAAUUAGUUGUAUAAAGAGCUCAUUGAAUACCGAUUACUCCGAAAAAUGUCUUACUACUAACAGUAUUUGUACUGUUUAGUGAAACUGCAAUACAAUCUAGAUAUAAGGAUAAAUAUAAAAAUAAAGGGAAAGUUCACCCCAAAAAUGGAAAUUAGUAAAUGAUGACAGAAUUUUCAUUUUUGGGUGAACUGUCCCUUUAAGGGUUUGUUUUCUCUUUUUGUCUGUGUAUUUAAAUUCUUUGUGUGUGUUUGUGUGUGUGUGUGUGUGUUUUGUGGUGGCAUGGCUGACUAGAUGAAGACACAAAUGCAAAAAGGUCUUUGAUUGUGGGUUAUGGAUUCAUCUUAGCCUGAGCAGACCAUACAGUUUCUGAUGUAUAGACACAUAUACUAUAGAGUUAGUUUAUUCAGUGCUGAAGCUUGACAAGGUGUGUUUAAGGUGUGCAAUCCUCAUUUAUGCAUUUGUGAAUCAAUUUAACUGUUUUUUCUUAAUUAUAUACCAUUAUAUCAUGUGUUGAAAGCUUGUUGAUGUCAACUGCAUUUCAUACAUUCCGUCAGGGAGAAAUAAAUAUAGCCGAUAUCUACAGUAUGUGUGUGUGUGUGUGUGUGUGUGUAUGUGUAUAUAUAUAUAUAUAUAUGUGUGUGUGUGUGUGUUUGUGUGUGCUGUGUGCAUUUUUUUUUUUUUUUUUUAGUUCUUCUUUGUGUAUUUUUUGUCUUUAUAAAUGAAGUUGCUUGUGUACCACCAAAGACUGUAAUUUGUAGGCUCUAUUCCAAACCUUGUGAGAUGCCUUUGUGGGCAAUGUUUUAAGGAUUCCCAGGUGUGCAACAAUUUGGCUGCACUUGCACAGUCUGCGUGGCCCCUGCUGAUGAUGAAAUGUAUGUCAACAAUAAGUAGCUAACUACACUGAAUCUAUUUAAAGAAGAAAAUAUUUUGAUGCUUGAUAAUUAAACCCCCUUAUGGUAAUGAAAAAUUGCACCUCCCUUUGGUAUUUGCGUUAAUUUUUGACCAGAAGGGUCAGACGUGUAACCAUUUUUUUUAAAUUUUUGUUUUAUGUUGAUGAUAUUGAUACCAUUUCUUAUUCCCUUAACAGGGAACAAUAAAAUUAUGCAUUUCUUUUGGGAUUUUAUGCUAUUGUGAUCUUAUUUAUAUGUACAUUUCUAAAUUUGACCAUUUGCAUAUACAAAUAAGCAGAUUUAUUGAAAAAAUACAAAUCCAGAACCUACACUUCUAUAAGUUGAAACAUGAAGAAAAUAUGAGAGUCAGAUUGCUGCCGUCUGGUGAACAAAUAAAUAACAUGACUUGAAAACCAUGUCAUGCCAGUAACAGCCAGUGGCUUGUUGUAACCUUAUUUUAUAUAUUAAGAUAUGCAUUUGAAUAUAUAUUUAGACACUAUUAAUCUGUCAUUUGUCAAAGUUUAACAUUUUAAAAUUGAUUUGAAGUGUCAGUUUUUGCAGUUAAUGUCAUUACCACUGAUCAUGGUGUUACAAAGAGAAAACACAUAAUAAGCAUUUUUUUUUUACCAAUGUUUUAUUUAAAACAUAAAAAUGUAAUAACUCAAAGUAAAUGCAUAAUAAUGUCAAGAAAAUGAACAUCAAGAAACAUAAAUUAACUGCACAAUUCUGAAAAUCCAGUAUAAAACAGAGUAAACAUUUUGCAAGUGUGUGUGUGUGUGUCAGAUUGCUGUCAUCGGCUAGAAAACAACAGAUGACCAAAAGAUGGCUGUAGAGCUCUACUUAUUGUUGCUGUGUGUGUGUGUGUGUGUGUGUGUGUGUGUGUGUGUGUGUGUGUGUGUGUGUGUGUGUGUGUAUCAGAUUGCGUGUCAGAUUGCUGUCAUCGACCGGAAAACAACAGAUGACUUGUAAUGCCAACAAUGACCAAUAGAUGGCUGUAGAGCUCUACUUAUUGAUGCCAUGGUUCUGUGUGUGUGUGUGUGUGUGUUCUGCAUUGUGAGUGUUAUCGUCUCACCCCUUCAUUUCUGAGUGUGUGUGUUUAGCAUUAUGACUGAUUUAUUGUUUGUUUGACAAAGGUAAAAAAAUAAAGUUCUGUGUUAUAGUCUCACCAGUUAAUUUUUGUGCAUGUAAGUGUGUUUGUGUGUGAGUGGGUGUGUAUGUUUUGCAUUGAUGAUGAUGUUUUAGAGUCUCAUUCUGUAAUUUAUGUCUGUUUUGUCUGCAUUGUGGCUGAUUUAUUGAUUGUAUUUGACAAAUCACCCCCCCCAAAAAUUGCUGUUUUUUUUUUUUGGGUCUUUCCCAUUAUUUUCAUUGGUCGGUCAAUUUUGACUGCAAAUACCAAAGGUGUGUGGGGUUUUUUUUUAUUUUUUUUUUUUUAUUUUUUUUUUAAACCAAUUAGACUAAUCGAAUCAAGCCCAAUUUUUUUUUGUAUGUUCAGAUGGCAAAUGGAGGAAAAGUUAUCUUGUACUGCUCAGAUAAAGGAAAACAUUUUAUUAAAUGAGAAAAAUGUAUUUAGGUAAAAAAUGACCGAAUUCCCUAGUAGGGUUUACUUAUUAUUGCAGAAUUAAAUAAUAUCAACUGAGUUAUAUAUUUAAUUAGGUGGACAACAUUCAAUUUAUACUUUAAUAUAUACUAAUAAAACCAGAAAACACCCUAUUUUACAUAACUGAAUCUAAAUAUUGGGACUUUUCCACUGCACAGUACAGCUCGACUCUCCUCGCUUUUUGGGGGUUUUCCACUGUGGAUGGUACCUGGUACUUUUUUUUAGUACCACCUCGGUCGAGGUUCCAAAUGAGCCGAGCCUAUACUAAAUGCGAUGUCAAAACCCUGCAGAUCACUGGAUUUGCGACAUGGGACAUCAACCUGCUAGUUUUAAAGUUAGCAACAGCGAUAGAAAUAUCAUUUGUUCACGCGACUUUCCAAUUGUAAAAAGAAAUGGCUGUGCUCUAAACCUCGCCGUGGUCAAUAAACGAGGUGCAGACGUUCCUCUCGUUAGCGACGAACAAAACGACGCGAAACAGAAAAGUCUUUCAGGAAGUGUCUCAGCUGUUGGCCACACACGGCUACCACCAGACCCACCAACAGUGUAGGGAAAAGAUAAAAAAAAAAAACUUAAAAGUGACUACAGAACCAUCAAGGACCACAACAGCCAGAGUGUUUCAAACAGAAGAAAGUGGAAGUGGUUCGACCAAAUGGACGCUAUCUAUGGCAAUAGACCGGCGAGCAAUGGGAGGGAGAGUGCCCCUGGAUGCAGCACAAUGAGCUAGUAGCUAACAGCUAGCGGUCGUGUUAUUGUUUAUGGUCAGUAAUGUUUGUGUAGUGUUUAAGAUGAUGUCACGGCAGUAGAGGCGGCGCAACUAUGACGAUCAGCCUAUAAUCCCACGUUGAGGCGGCACUAAACUGCAAUGGAAAAGCAAGCUCAGAAAAGUGAGCAGAGUCGAGUCGAAUCGAACCGUAACAUGCAGUGGAAAAGUGCCAUAAAUAUAAACAGCAGCAGUUGACUAAAUAUUUUGCUUUAAGAAAAAAGGCAAAAUCCUUUUAAGGCUGUGUGAUGCUGAAAUGGAUCAGUGAAUAAUUUAUGUGAACUAGUUCCUUUGCAUGAACCGUCCGAACAUACCGUUAUAUUUCAGCGUUUCCAACCCUAAAUAUAAGUGAAUCUUUUAUUUUAAUCGGUUCAUUUACAUGAAUUGUCCGACAGUACUGAUACACUUAAAUGAUUUUGAGAGAGAAAGAGGACGCUCGUUACGAAACUAAACUCAAGUCACGCUACUGAAAAAAUGUAGUUAAGUUAUUAGCGUCACUAUUUUUAGUUAGCUACUGCUGUGCUGUUUUAUUCUUCUUAAAGCCUGGGUAUACUUUGUUUUUCUGCGUUCUGGAUCGACCGUAUUGCCGUUCAGAGUAUGUCCGAAUGUCGAGAAAAUAUGGGCCACGCAGACUGUGCUGAUGAUGAAAUUUGUGUCACGCAUACUGUGAGCGGAGUGAUCAGCAGCACGGACAACCGUAGUAUACGUUGGCCUUUAUAGUAUCACGCUAUUUGAUUAGUAACAUGCUAACUCCAAACUAAACUUUCUUCACGCGAGGAGCGUCAUGUGUCACGAGCAAAGUUGGCGCCUAUGAAGCGUGUUGCAAAUUGGUCAAUUAGGUUCCGUUUCAGUUAUGAUGCUACCUUAGAAGGAAUCUGCGAGCGAAGGCAGUAGACAGCUGGCAGCUCUCUAGGUUUUGGAACAUAGCCCUUUUCUGAGCAAGGUAGCUACUUUCUCUGCAUAGACCUCAUGUAUACUGUAACUAUAGUCAUGGUGUUAAUUUAAAAAAAAACAAAAAAAAAACGGAUGAGGUUACGUUUAGCUUUUUGAAAAAGUAAUAAGUCGUGUCAUCUAUCUUGAAUGAAUGUAUCAUAGACAAGCUGCUAUAUAUUGAUUGCCACUUCAGAUAGCUGUGAAAUUAGGUUAGACUAGUUCUUAUCUGCAUCUGCAUUAUUUGUAUGGGUUUGUCUGAUUGCCUAAACUAGAAGUGGUUUUUGAUUUUCAGUUAUUUUUGCUCGUUUGGAGUGUCAUUUGUAACUACAGUAUUGCUGAUUAUGGACAUUUAGAUUUUCUUUUUAAAUCAGUAUUGUAUCUUCAUUAACAGUUCUGACUCAUCACUGCAUAUACUGUAGAUGUAUCGGUGUAAUUACAUUUUUGUAUGUUUACCUAUGUUUUGACUUGUAACAGUUUGCAGGAUUGAUUGAAGUAUCAAAGUAAUGGCUGUUAUUUAGAAAACCAUUUCUGCUGUGUUACAGACAUACAGAUAAUGAAAAUGUAUCAGUAUUUUGUCAUAUGCAAAUUUGAAUGAAUAUUUGAUAAUCAAUCCCAUAACCUCAUGCCACUGAGCACUUAUAAAAACACUAGUGUGCAGUAACCAUGUGGUUUGAAAAUGAGAGUACAGUGUUGUGAUGAAAUUGUCCAACCAAAUUAUUUUAUUAAUGUUUGUCAUUUGAAAAUUGUGCUGAGAACAUGUUUUUAACAAAAGAUAUCUGAUGUCGCCGGGUAUGUCAUGUCUUAAAUUCUGUAUCGUAUUUGAUUCGAGCAGUGUAAGCAACACUGUGUGUGUGCCUUGAUUGAGACAUUUGUAAUGAAACAAGUUCACUUUGCAAAGACAAGUAUUUAGUUCACUCAUUUCCCAAUGCAACAGUAUAACUCUCCAUUCCAGGGAUCAAAAUAGUUCUAUGUACACAUUUUAAAGAGAUAACGGCAAUAUCUUUUCCCCCUCACACUAUGGAUUAUAUGAAAAGCCUUGUUAAUCAAUAAUGUGUCUAAUCAAUGUUAACUGGCUCAUUUUAAACAUGCAGUAAUUGUGUUUAAUUGUAUUUGUGUAAACAUCUUUUGAUAAUUAAUGCCGAUCUUUAAGUACAGAAUGUAAAAGUUGUUGAAAGUUACUUGGUUCUUUUGUAAAUUAUGUUCACGUUUUGAUCCCUGUGAAAUGGCAAUCACCAGCAUACUACAUCCAGUGUCAAUAUACAAAUGACUAUAACACAAGAAAUUUGGGAUAUUUUUUUGGUUUGUUUGUUCAUAUUUGAAUUCAAAAUGAAAUGGAUGACUUCUGUUGACCUCUGUUCUAAUAACCGCAUUCAAUAAAUAUGAACGCCACAUUUUUUUAAUGACACGCAUAAUGCUUUUAAUCAUUAUUUUUAUGCAUUUUUUUGGUAAAUGUUUUGGCAAUGUUAAAUCUGGGUCUUUUGUUUCUAAUCUAUCAUUUUUCCCAUUAUAACCUGAUAUUUUCCAUUAUUAUGCUUUUAUUCUACAUAAAUCUACAUUCGUUCUGCAUUAAGGUUUAAAUGGAUUGUUCACCCAAAAAUGGAAAUUCUCUCAUCAUUUAAUCACCCUCAUGUCAUCGGGGGGGGGGCACUGCACCCACGCGCCCCCCCCCCCCAGAACCACCACUGCAUCCCAGAUGUAUAUAACUUUCUUUUUUCUGCAGAACACAAAUGAAGAUUUUUAGAAGAAUAUUUCAGCUCUGCAGGUCCAUACAAUGCAAGUGAAUAGUGAAUAGACCACAUCAGAAAGUGAAAGUAGAGAUUUAGAGGAAAAAAGGACUUAAAUAUUGAUCUGUUUCUCACCCACACCUAUUAUAUUGCUUUUGAAGAAAUGGAUUUAACCACUGGAGUUUUAUGGACUACUUUUAUGUUUACUUUGUGAUUUUUGGAGCUGUAAUUGUCUGGUCACCAUUCACUUCCAUUGUAUGGACCAACAAGGCUGGAAUGGCAUGUGGGUGAGUAAAUGAUGAGAGAAUUUUCAUUUUUGGGUGAACUAUCCCUUUAACAUAGAUUUCACCAUCUGUCAAAGUUAUUUCAAACUGCAAGUUAAGAGUUGAUAAAUUAAGUUGUUACUCGCGGGUUUAAUAUCUGUAGACUUUUGUGGCUUUUUAUUUAGCGUUUUGUUUCAUUUGCUUAUUUGAUGCUACACUAGUUUGUCACGUUGCACUUGCACUGUGCAAUAUUUCACAGUAUGAGGAUGAGGGGAAUGUAACCCUUUAAAUAUAAUGUUUAUUGGUGUGUCCUCCAGUUCUCCAUUAAUAAAGAUGUGACCAAGCCUUCUCCACUUAGUCACAUUAAACAGA